AUGGAGACAAAGAAGUACAGUCCAAACGGAGCCAGUGAUCAACAAGUCACGGCAGUAGGAGAUACAAUCGUGUCUGACGAGAGAUGCGACACCAGAGAAGAUGACUAUCCAUACACCCUUGAAGGGUAUCUUCAUCAGCUGAGUCCCAUCAAAACUGCAACAAAAUCGCAAACAAAUUUCUUUGAUUGUAGUCUAAAAACUAGUGAAAAAGAAAGUGUCCGUUUGGUGUGCUACUCUCCAAAGCAGAGACCAACAUUACAACAAGCUUUUAAAAAGAAGUCCCCCAUCAAAAUAAUUGGAACAAGAAAGCAUACCAAGAGACUGUUCUCUGACAAGGAAGAAUAUACUCUCUCCAAAAGUGCCAAACUCCACUCCACAAUUCUUGCAUUUCCUUACAAUGACAAAUUUGACAACAAGCUUCACACCUGUGAAGAAGCUCUAGAGGCACCUAUUUAUCAGCGAAUUCACCUCAAAGUUAAAAAACAACCAGACAAACAAGCCGUUGUCGAGAACGACAAAACCUAUUACAAAGUUGAGUGUAUGGUAGCUGAUCGCACAAAUCCCAUGAAAUCAAUAUUUUGGGAAGACACUAUUGACAAAGUUUCAACAUCACGACAGACAACACAAGGACUUCAUAUGUCAUAUGUCAUGGUAGAACUUGUACACACGGCAUACAUGCCUUGCAAAUUAGUGAUGAUAGCGAAAAUAGGCAUUGAUCCGGUCACGAUCCCCGAAGAAGAGCUCGAUGCAGAGAAUUUACCUCCGGUUGAACGGUCGGACUUGUUUAGUUUCUUGGUUUUAGAGACAAGUUAUUACACGACCGAACAGUUUAAAAAUUACAAGAGUCUAGAAGCUUACAAUCAAGUGGUAUCCGGGUUUGUUGCUUCAGUCAAAGGUUACCUGGUUUUGGAAAAGCAUGUUGUUGUUGCAAAGGUUCGCCAUUCACAACGAAUGAAUGACUCUCUUGUAACUAUUUGGAUUAUACAUGGGACAAAUGGAAGAGUUUUUUCUGCGCAUUGUUUAGGAUGUAAGGCAGGUUUGGCUGAAUCGUGCUCUCACAUCGCCAGUGUCCUUAUUUACCUAGAAUGCUGGACGCGAAUUAAUGGGAAGCUAGCUUGUACGCAAGUUAAGUGCACGUGGCUCCUUCCAACGUACGUCGACAAAGUGGCCUAUGCUAGAGCAAAGGAAAUCAAUUUUACUUCAGCUAAAAAGCUGAAAGAAGAACUAGACAGUAAGAUCGAUUCUUUUGAUGGCAAAGAUACACGCUUCGAUCAAAACAAGACUGUUAAACCAAAGAUCACUUCGAGCACAAUUGUUUCAGCACAAGAGGUUUUAAAUUUUUAUGAAAGGCUCAAUAAGUGCGAAACAAAAGCUGCAGUGUUAACUUUAAUUGACCCAUAUGCUGAUCAAUUUGUAUCAAAGAGCCGCAAUGUACCAGUUGUAACUGAUCUUUACGAGCCACGUAAUUUAGAUCUUAAGUAUACAGAGCUGUUGAACAAGUGUUUAGAGGUCGAAAUUAACAUUUCUGAGGAAGAAAUUGAAAUUGUUGAACAAGAUACCAAGACCCAAGCAAAGGGUUCAGGGUUCUUCAGACAUCGUGCUGGUAGAAUUGGAGCCUCUGUCUGUGGUGCUGCCUACCAUACUAAUAUUGCGCAGCCUUCACAAUCACUCAUACAAUCAGUAUGCUAUCCUCACUUGUUCAAACUUAACAUCAAAGCAGUUAAAUAUGGUUGUAAGUAUGAGGAAUCUGCCAUUAGAGCUUAUGAACAGGUCAUGAAACAGCAACAUAUAAACUUUGAACUCAAGAGAUGUGGACUGUUUAUAAACAAGGAGUAUCCUUACAUUCAUGCAACACCAGAUUUUUUAGUCUCUUGUGAUUGCUGUGGGUUGGGUUGUGGGGAAGUGAAAUGCCCUAUUUCAAUCAAGGAUGGCAACUUUGAGGAGUAUAGUCACAAAUCAACAUCCUGUCUUGAGGAUGUGAAUGGAAAAUUGAAGCUUAGAAGAACCCAUAAUUAUUACUAUCAAGUACAGCAGCAGUUAUUUACCUUACCUGAGAGAAAAUUUUGUGACUUUGUUGUCUUUUCAAGAGAUUCACAAGGAAAUUCUCAAAUUGUUUGUGACCGAAUAAACCCUGACACAGAACACUCAAAGAAUGUGUUGUCAAAGCUUGAAGUUUUCUGGAGAAUUUGUAUCCUUCCAGAGAUGCUUGGAAGGUGGUACACUAGAAGGUGUGAUCAGCCUGACAGAGUGCCUGAUGAGAAUGCGAUUUGCUUUUGUCGAGGGAGCCAUAGUGAUGGAGUAAUACCCUGCAGUAAUGUUGAUUGUCCUUAUGGAAAAUUCCAUAAAACAUGUUUGGCUUUAGAUAAUGUGUCGAUACCUAAGAAAUGGUACUGUCCUCAUUGCUGUAAGCUUUCACAGUAUCAGAAAGGAAAGAAAGCCUCAAACCAAAAAGUGCAAUCUACAAUCCAUCAAGCUGCAAUGAAAUAUAAUACUAUUUGUGUUUGUAAUGGCAAGGCAUCCACUAUAGAUAGGCUGGUUGAGUGCCACAACACUACCUGUAAAAAUGAACAUUUUUUUCAUUUGUGGUGCUUGGGAUUGAAAAGACUGCCUAACAAUUCCAAAACAACCUGGUUGUGUCCUGAUUGCAGUGGAAAGAAAACCACUACUACCACUUCUGCUUCUUCAUUACCUGAGUCACCUGUUGCUUCAAACUUAUAA